ACAGACAUCAGGUGACAUGAAUUAGUCUAUCAGACAGAAGUUGGAUUAAAAAUUUAGUGAUGAUAAGAUCGUGAUGUAAAGAGUCGUGAGUAAUCUCAAGCACGAUUGAAACGACACCUGAAACUCCGAACGAUUUAAAUAUCUUAUAAUUAUGGAUUGAUUGGUAAAAAGUAAAUGAAACGUAAAUUAGAAGUAGGUGAAAAUACGUAAACACGUGUGAUACGAUUAGAUAGAGAAUACUUGGUUCAAAAUGCAAUACUCACGAAUAUCAUUGGAUGGAGAUAAAAUACAUUUAGAAUUAGAACAAUUGAAUGUUUUUCUUCUCGGAUGUACCUAUUGUUCCUAAAAAUUAGUCUAAUAUGAGUAACGUGACGUCGGAGAAGGUUCCAUUGCAUUCGGUCCUGAGACUCAAUGAUAGUGAUGUUAAAGAAUUUUUUUGUGGUUGGGGCGCUGCUGUCAUCAAUGUCUCUGUCACAUAUCCAAUUAAUAAAAUUAUAUUUAGACAGAUUUUGGAAGGCGUACCUGUGGAUGCCGCGGUCGGGCAGAUAUCUCGAGAGGGAAUACAUUUGCUGUAUCGUGGAAUUUUGCCGCCUCUAUGUCAAAAGACUUUGUCCCUCAGUUUGAUGUUCAGCGUAUAUGAAGGAUGCAAGCAGAGGCUCUGUCUGCUAACUGGAAACGAUGUACUGUCUAAAAUAUUAGCGGCGAAUGUAGCCGGUACGGUGGAAGCUCUCCUCAUGCCGUUUGAAAGAAUACAAACGUUGCUACAGGAUUGGCGAUAUCACGAAAAGUUCAAGAAUACCUCCCAUGCAUUCAGGUAUCUGUUGUCAAAUCACGGAGUGACUGAAUGUUAUCGCGGUAUGGUUCCUAUCAUAUACAGAAACGGCUUAUCCAAUCUGAUGUUCUUCACGUUGCGGGAUCAGUCGAAGGUACUGCUAGGCGAAAAGGAGUCGCUGAUGACAAACUUUGUCAGCGGCGCUCUGAUCGGCGGCUUCACCAGCACAGUGUUUUAUCCAAUGAAUGUAAUCAAGAUACACAUGCAGUCGAAGAUCGGCGGCAACUAUGAGAGAUUUCUGGCUGUGACUCGCGAGGUCUACAUCUCCAGGAAUCGAAGCUUAACUUCUUUCUACAAAGGCGUGCACUUGAACUACAUGAGGUCCUUUAUUAGUUGGGGAGUGAUUAAUGCGUCGCACGACUUCUUAAAGAAGAUUAUUUUCUAGAUCAUUUAUAUAUAGUAGGAGAAAAAUGUAUUUUUAAAUUUACUUAUAGAAGACACAUUUCACGCCCUGCUAUUUUGGGUGGUAAUAGAAAAUUGUAGGAUUAUAUUUAUG